AUGUGCUUGCCUCUUAAGACUUUAAAAGUUAUUGCUUUAAUUUAAGUCUUUUUCGCUCUUGCACUUGCUAUAGUUGCAUUUAUAGGUGCAUAUUAUAUUACAAAUUUAUUGGGUAAAGUGGAUUAAUAAUUAAAGGAAUUAGGAGUAGUAAGUAUAUGUUAUAAUCUCAUAGGCCUUCAUAUCAAUAAAAUUUUUAUCAAGACCCUUUUGGACAUUGGCUUUUGGUAUAUUGAUUGUGGCAAUCAGUGGAAUACUUGGGACUGUAUUGAAGAAUAAGAAAUUUUUUUUAGUAAUAUUUAACGCAGGGAACUUAUGUUUCUUUGUGACUUUUACUUUAACAGGAAUAAUAGCAAUUAUUUUAGGAAUUGUUAUUGCAUAGGAUCAAACUUGCAGUCCAUCAGAUCCAUAAUAUACUACAGUUCAAUCUAUGUAUGAUCUAGCAUAAAAGAAUCUGUGUAAAAGUCCUUGUGAAUGUUAUUAUUCAAAGGAUAUCACUCCUGAAGUAUCAAAAGAAGUAAUAGUGUAUUCUAAGAAUGACGAAAGCAAAGUAAAAUUUAAAUGCAAUAUAUCUAUUAGGCGAUAAGAGCAUAAGAAUGUAAUUAUUUUAAUAGCACUUUUGAUAUGGAUGCACAAGCUAUUUAAUGGAUGGAAUAAAAAUUUGAUUGUUCAGGUUGGUGCAUAGAGUAUCCAAUUUAAAUGUUUAAUGACGUCAAUUUAGAUGUGAAAGAUCAAUAGUACUGAUUGAUAUUAUUGUAGAUAUUCAUGCUAUAAAGCAAUAGGUAAUUAUUUUAAAAGACUCUUUUCAAUAUCUGGAAUAAUAUUUAUUAUUCUGGCAUUUAUUAUGGGAUUAAUGUUUAUAUUUACAUGUUGUUUGGGUUAUCAUCCUGAAAAUUAACUCAAAUUUGAUAAUUAUAGUAAAAUUAGAAACUAAAAAUGA